AAGGGAAAAAAUAAUUGAGGCCAAAAAAGGACAACCAGACCAAAGUAAAGCGAAGGCACGAGGAAACCGAGGGCGAGACCAAACCCGGGCGGCGGCGGCGGCCCCAUGGCGAUGACCGGCGGGAAGGCGGCGGACAUCCAGCCGCCGUCGGCGUCCUACUCCUCCUCGUCCUCAUCGUCCUCGCCGUCUGCCCCGCCGGCCGGGUGGCCCCACCGCGGCGGCAGGAGGCGGCCCGACAUCCUCAGCAUCCUCCGGAGCGCAGCAUGUCUCAAUGCAUCAUCUUCUGACACUGGAAGAGGACGGAGUAAGUUGUCAAGCAACAAAGUAACACAUGGAUUUCACUUAGUCGAAGGACGAUCUGGCCAUGACAUGGAAGACUACCAUGUGGCGGAAUAUAGAUAUGAAAAUAAUCACGAACUUGGCCUUUUUGCCAUUUAUGAUGGUCAUUUGGGAGAUAGUGUGGCCAGUUAUUUGAAAGCUAAUCUUUUUAACAACAUACUGAAAGAGCCUCUCUUCUGGUCGGAUCCUCAAGAAGCUAUUAAAAGUGCUUACAGCUCUACAAACAAAUAUAUUCUGGAAAAUUCUAAACAACUAGGACCGGGUGGUUCAACAGCAGUUACUGCUAUUGUAGUUGAUGGUACAGAUAUGUGGAUAGCAAAUAUAGGCGAUUCAAGAGCUGUUGUGUGUGAAAGAGGUACUGCUAAUCAACUUACCAUUGAUCAUGAACCCCAUACCACUAAUGAACGAAAGAGGAUAGAAAAGCAAGGUGGUUUUGUUUCUACUUUCCCUGGUGAUGUUCCUCGUGUAAAUGGUCAACUUGCUGUUGCAAGAGCAUUUGGUGAUCAGAGCCUCAAGGCGCACUUGAGCUCUGAACCCGAUGUUAAGCAUAUACAUAUAAACUCAAGUAUAGAAUUUGUCAUACUUGCCAGUGAUGGAUUAUGGAAGGUAAUGAAGAACCAGGAAGCUGUUGAUCUGGUGAAGUCAACCAAGGACCCGCGAACAGCAGCAAAGCGAUUAACGUCCCAGGCCCUCACAAGGAUGAGCAAGGACGAUAUCUCAUGCAUCGUCAUCCGUUUCCGAUGCUGAGUCUCACAUCGUUUCGUGCUCAGAGGCCGGAUCUUCCCCCUCACGCCAUGGCCCAGCCGUCUGCUGUCUCGUUUCCUCCUGCGUGCCAGAUCUCUGUAAAUUGUGGCUGCUGGCAUCUGGACCUACAGUAGUAACACAGGACUGGACUGGACAGGCUCUCAAGCGAUCAAGGUCUGGAAAUGUUGGGCCUGGGUGUUUUCUGUGUGUGAAGGAUGUCCGUUUCUAUGUGCAUAUAUAUAUACACGUUAGAACUUAGAAGCAAAAUAUAUUGUCGGGCUGAGGAGAAGAAAUAAUACACCGCCCAUUGAUACACAGACGGUGCAGAUUGUGUAAGGCUGUAAUAAUUUGGUGAUGAUUUUUCGUGCCCCGUGUGUGCGCGUUGAACUCUUCUGUGUAUAUAUAUGUACACUUAAGAUAUAAAAGAUUGUUCCUUUGCCA